AUGGCGCACCCUCAACAGGGCGGUGGCCACUAUGCCGACGAUGGCUACGGCCACGGCAAUGAUGGUUACUACCAAGACGACCAGAACCAGGCCUAUUACGACCACAACAACCAAGGUUAUGGCAAUGGCCAAGAUAGCUACUAUGACGAAGGUACCGGUCAAUACGCCCAGGGCGAGCACGCCGGCCCUUACCAUGGUCAACAGGGCCAGGAUGGCUACUACGACGCUGGCCACAAUGGCUACCAGGACGAGUACUACAACGACCAAUACUACGAUCAAGGUCACGCUGCAGGCCAGCAAGGGGCCCGUCAGCCAAGAGGUCACUCCGAGGAAGACUCUGAGACCUUCAGCGAUUUCACCAUGAGAUCUGACAUGGCCCGCGCUGCCGAGAUGGACUACUAUGGUCGUGGUGACGAGCGCUACAACAGCUACAACGGUGAACAGGGAGGCCGUGCCGGCUUCCGCCCCCCAUCAUCUCAGGUUUCGUACGGCGGCAACCGCUCCUCGGGUGCCUCGACUCCUGUUUACGGCAUGGACUACACCAACGCUCUUCCUGCUGGACAGCGCUCGAGAGAGCCUUACCCUGCAUGGACCUCUGAUGCUCAGAUCCCCCUCUCCAAGGAGGAGAUUGAGGACAUCUUCCUGGACCUCACAGCCAAGUUCGGUUUCCAGCGUGACAGCAUGAGAAACAUGUUCGACCACUUCAUGACUCUGCUCGACUCGCGUGCUUCUCGUAUGUCGCCCAACCAAGCCCUUCUUUCCCUGCACGCCGAUUACAUCGGUGGUGACAACGCCAACUACCGCCGUUGGUACUUUGCUGCUCAUCUUGAUCUCGACGAUGCGGUCGGUUUCGCCAACAUGAACCUCGGAAAGGCCAGCCGUCGUACACGCAAGGCCCGCAAGGCCGCCAAGAAGAAGGCUCAGGAUUCUGAGAACGAGGAGGCUACACUUUCAAGUCUCGAGGGCGACAACAGUCUUGAGGCUGCUGAGUACCGCUGGAAGUCGCGUAUGAACAAGAUGUCUCAGCACGACCGUGUCAGACAGAUUGCUCUUUACCUUCUCUGUUGGGGUGAAGCCAAUCAGGUCCGUUUCAUGCCCGAGUUGAUGUGUUUCAUCUUCAAGUGCGCAGAUGAUUACUUCCACUCUCCCGCUUGCCAGAACAAGGUUGAGCCCGUUGAGGAAUUCACUUACCUCAACAACGUAAUCACUCCUCUGUACAACUACUGCAGAGACCAGGGUUACGAGAUCUUUGAUGGCAAAUACGUUCGCAGAGAGCGUGACCACAACAGGAUCAUCGGUUACGAUGAUAUGAACCAGCUCUUCUGGUACCCCGAGGGUAUCGAGCGCAUCGUUUUCGAGGACAAGUCCCGUCUGGUCGAUCUCCCUCCUGCUGAACGUUACGAGAGACUUCAGGACGUCAUCUGGAAGAAGUGCUUCUUUAAGACUUUCAAGGAGACUAGAUCAUGGUUCCACAACUUGGUCAAUUUCAACCGUAUCUGGGUAAUUCACGUUACUGCUUACUGGUUCUACACUGCCUUCAACUCGCCUACGCUCUACACUAAGAACUACGAGCAGCAGCGCAACAACUCUCCUACCACUCCUGCUCACUUCUCUGCUGUCGCUCUCGGUGGUACUGUCGCAUCCCUUAUCAUGGUUUUCGCCACGCUCGCCGAAUGGUCCUAUGUCCCGAGAAGAUGGGCAGGUGCUCAGCACUUGACCAAGCGUCUUAUGUUCCUCCUCCUUGUCCUUGUCAUCAACGUUGCACCCUCUGUUUACAUCUUUGGCGUGAAGCGUGAGGGCAAGAUUGCGCUGAUCCUUGGUAUCGUGCAAUUCCUGAUCGCGUUGAUCACUUUCUUCUUCUUCUCGAUCAUGCCUCUGGGUGGUCUCUUCGGCAGCUAUCUCACUGGCAAGUCUCGUCGCUACGUUGCCAGUCAGACAUUCACUGCCAGCUGGCCUCACCUCAAGGGCAAUGCUAUGUGGAUGUCCUAUGGUCUUUGGAUCAUGGUCUUCGGUGCCAAGCUCGCAGAGUCUUACUUCUACCUUACUCUGUCGCUUCGUGACCCCAUCCGUAUCUUGUCGACCCUCAAGAUCAAGUACUGCAUUGGUAUCGUGUAUGUUGGUGACGUACUUUGCUACCACCAGGCCACGGUCACUCUCGUUCUGAUGUACAUCACCGAUCUGAUUCUGUUCUUCUUGGACACAUAUCUGUGGUACAUUAUUCUGAACACUGUGUACUCGGUUGCUCGCUCGUUCUACCUCGGUGUGUCCAUCUGGACUCCCUGGAGAAACAUCUUCUCGCGCCUGCCUAAGCGUAUCUACUCCAAAGUCCUUGCAACCACCGACAUGGAGAUUAAGUACAAGCCAAAAGUCUUGAUCUCGCAGAUCUGGAACGCCAUCAUCAUUUCGAUGUACCGUGAGCAUUUGCUCGCUAUCGACCACGUCCAGAAGCUCCUCUACCACCAGGUUCCUUCUGAGCAAGAGGGCAAGCGUACUCUCAGAGCACCUACUUUCUUCGUUUCUCAGGAAGACCACUCCUUCAAGACCGAGUUCUUCCCCAGCCAGAGUGAGGCUGAGCGUCGUAUCUCUUUCUUCGCCCAGUCUUUGUCCACUCCUAUCCCCGAGCCCGUCCCCGUCGACAACAUGCCCACUUUCUCCGUCAUGAUUCCCCACUACGGUGAGAAGAUUCUUCUCUCUCUUCGUGAGAUCAUUCGUGAGGACGACCCUUACUCUCGUGUCACCAUGCUGGAGUACCUCAAGCAGCUCCACCCCCACGAGUGGGACUGCUUUGUUAAGGACACCAAGAUUCUGGCUGACGAGACUUCCCAAUUCAACGGCGAGUACGAGAAGACCGAGAAGGACACUGCAAAGGCCAAGAUCGACGAUCUUCCCUUCUACUGCAUUGGUUUCAAGUCUGCUGCUCCCGAGUACACUCUCCGUACCCGCAUCUGGGCAUCGCUCCGUUCUCAGACCCUCUACCGUACCAUCUCUGGUUUCAUGAACUACAGUCGUGCUAUCAAGCUCCUGUACCGUGUUGAGAACCCUGAGGUUGUUCAAAUGUUCGGCGGCAACUCUGAUAAGCUCGAGAGAGAAUUGGAGCGCAUGGCUCGCCGCAAGUUCAAGAUUUGCGUCUCCAUGCAACGUUACGCCAAGUUUACCAAGGAAGAGCGCGAGAACGCCGAGUUCCUGCUCCGUGCUUACCCCGACCUUCAAAUUGCCUACCUGGACGAAGAACCUCCGGCCAACGAGGGUGAAGACCCUCGCCUCUACUCUGCUCUGAUUGAUGGUCACUCUGAGAUCAUGGAGAACGGUCUCCGCAAGCCCAAGUUCCGUAUCAUGCUCUCUGGUAACCCCAUUCUCGGUGACGGCAAGUCCGACAACCAGAACCACUCCAUCAUCUUCUACCGUGGUGAGUACAUCCAGCUCAUCGACGCCAACCAGGACAACUACCUUGAGGAAUGUUUGAAGAUUCGUUCUGUCCUUGCCGAGUUCGAAGAAAUGACUACCGACAACGUCUCCCCUUACACUCCUGGUCUCGCCACUCCCAAGUUCGACCCUGUUGCCAUUCUCGGUGCUCGCGAGUACAUUUUCUCAGAGAACAUCGGUAUCCUCGGUGACGUCGCUGCUGGAAAGGAACAGACGUUCGGUACUCUCUUCGCUCGUACUCUUGCUGAAAUCGGUGGUAAGCUCCAUUAUGGUCAUCCCGAUUUCCUCAACGGUAUCUUCAUGACUACUCGCGGUGGUGUGUCCAAGGCUCAGAAGGGUCUCCAUCUGAACGAGGAUAUUUACGCCGGUAUGACUGCUCAGCUUCGUGGUGGCAGAAUUAAGCACUGCGAAUACUACCAGUGUGGUAAGGGUCGUGAUUUAGGUUUCGGCUCCAUUCUCAACUUCACCACCAAGAUUGGUACUGGUAUGGGCGAGCAGAUGCUUUCUCGUGAAUACUACUACCUCGGCACUCAACUUCCUCUGGACCGCUUCUUGUCUUUCUACUACGCUCACGCUGGUUUCCACGUCAACAACACUUUCAUCAUGUUGUCGGUGCAGCUCUUCAUGUUCUGUAUCAUCAACUUGGGUGCCCUGAGACACGAAACCAUCAUUUGCCGUUACAAUAGAAACACUCCUAUCACCGAUCCCCAGUGGCCCACGGGUUGUGCCAACUUGCGCCCCUGUCUUGACUGGAUCCAGCGUUGCUGUGUUUCCAUCUUCAUCGUCUUCUUCAUCUCCUUCGUCCCUCUUACGGUUCAGGAAUUGACCGAGCGUGGAUUCUGGCGUGCAGCUACCCGUCUCGCUAAGCACUUCUCCUCAUUCUCUCCCCUCUUCGAAGUCUUCGUCUGUCAGAUUUACACCAACGCUCUCCAGCAGAACUUGUCAUAUGGUGGUGCCCGUUACAUUGGUACCGGCCGUGGUUUCGCCACUGCUCGUAUGCCUUUCGGUAUUCUCUAUUCGCGUUUCGCUGCUCCUUCAAUCUACCUUGGUAUUCGUCUGCUUCUCAUGUUGCUGUUCGGUACUCUGACCAUCUGGGGAUACUGGCUUCUUUACUUCUGGGUAUCUCUCCUCGCCCUCUGUAUCGCUCCCUUCCUAUUCAACCCUCACCAGUUCGCAUGGGGCGACUUCUUCAUCGACUAUCGCGAGUUCCUCAGAUGGUUGUCUCGUGGAAACACCAAGGGUCAUUCGGCAUCGUGGAUUGGUUUCGUCCGUCUCUCGCGUACCCGCAUCACCGGAUUUAAGAAGAAGGUGCUUGGUGAGCCGUCCGCCAAAUUGUCUGGCGAUACUUCUCGUGCCCGCUUCGGUAACGUUUUCUUCGCCGAGGUCAUUGGUCCGCUCUUCCUUGUUGCUGUGACUCUCAUCCCCUACCUUUACAUCAACUCUGGAACCGGAGCUAGUCGCGCCAUCAACCCCGAUGCCAGUGACGCAGAUUUGAAGCCGACCAAUCCCCUCAUUCGUAUCGCCAUUGUCGCCUUUGCUCCCAUCGGAGUCAAUGCUGGUGUUUCGGCUGUAUUCUUCAUGAUGGCUUGUUGUAUGGGACCUAUCUUCAGCAUGUGCUGCAAGAAAUUCGGUGCCGUUCUGGCCGCCAUCGCUCACGCCAUCGCCGUCAUCGUGCUCAUCGUCAUGUGGGAAGUUAUGUUCUUCCUCGAGGGAUGGAGCUUCCCAAAGAUGCUUAUCGGCAUGAUCGCGUCGCUCGCCAUCCAGCGCUUCAUCUACAAGCUUAUCAUUGCUCUGACUCUCACUCGUGAGUUCAGAACCGAUUCAUCCAACGUCGCUUGGUGGACUGGUAAAUGGUACGGCAUGGGAUGGAUGGGCUUCUCUCAGCCAGGUCGUGAGUUCCUGUGUAAGAUUACCGAGUUGGGAUACUUCUCAUCGGACUUCUGCUUGGGUCACCUGCUGUUGUUCUUCAUGCUUCCUCCUCUCUUGAUCCCUUACAUUGAUACUUUCCACUCGGUCAUGCUCUUCUGGCUUCGUCCUAGUCGCCAGAUCCGUCCUCCCAUCUACUCGCUCAAGCAGUCGAAGCUUCGCAGACGUCGUACAAUCCGUUACGCCAUCCUGUACUUCACGCUGUUCAUCCUGUUCAUCGUCUUGAUCGUCGCACCAAUGGUCGCUGGCAAGUUCAUUGGAGAUCUGCCGAUCACGACACUUCCGAUGAACCUGAUGCAGCCCACCAACCUGAAGAACAACGACACUACCAGUCAGACGACUGGUACCGCGGUUGCUGGUGCAACAGACGGCGCCGCUACCUCGGAUGGCAGCUCUGCAGCGUCAUCUGCAGCAGCGCGCCGCUUUGCCCACUUCAUGUACUAA